AUGACAGCAAUAAGCGAUAGUACGGAACAUGCUACCGCGCAUAAUAAAUUACGCCAGCUUAGGUGGAAUAGGAUUGAAAAUUUUACCAUCUUUGUCAAGAAAUUUCUCAAGCUUGCUCAGAGUUCUGGACUAAAUGGAGUUCCAGAAUCGCAAAAAAUAAAUUUGUUUUUGCAAACUCUUCCACCUGAUUUUGCCGACAAAAUUCAGAAUACUGUGCGUAACCGACAAAACGUCAACUCAGAGGGCCAACCAACUUUACAACAAAUUAUCGCCAUUGCUGAACAGCACAGCGACGUAUUUCGAUAUCCAUAUAGUUCAUGGUAUAUUUACGGUUCUCAAAAAUUUUGGUUAUUGUUCAAUUACGGCAUGCGUAAUCCUCAACGGUUUAUGACGCUGAGCGUUCUCGUGCUUGCCAUAUUAUAUUGGCAGUUCCUAACACCGACAAUCAAGCCAGACAGUACAAUUGGUAAUUUCGCAGCUCUUACUAAUGAUAUAUUCGUACAAAUUAACGCCGUUGACAUUCCGUCGUCCGAUGGCAUUAUGGAGCAUACACAUGAAUUUAAAGUAGCCGCAAAUAUGAUUGAUAAAAGUCCUGCUUUCGCAUCAUAUGGUAAACCAAUUGCCAAUGGACUUCGGCAGUUUAGUAAAGACGUUGUACGCGCUGGUAACAGUCUCAAAGAAAUGUAUCGGAAAGGAUCCUAUGUUUUUGAAACCUUUCAGACGGAAAUUGAAACACUGUUCAAAAUAUUUGAUUCCAAGAUGACCGCUAAAUCCAAAUUUUUUACAGAAAGAAUUAAGAGAAUGAUCAAAGUAGUCCAAGAGUUUCGUAUACAGGUGUACCAAGCAAAAAACGCAAUGCUUGACGCGGAAAAUAGGCGUGAUGAUCUUGAAACAAACAUAUUUGCUGGGCUGAGAGAGGUACAAAAGUUUAUUAAAGACGAAUGGUGGAAUGAUCAGACCGAUAUAGCAAUAGCAAAACGUGAAUCGGAAGCAGUUGUCAAUGUUUUAAAGUGCCUUCAAAGUGCAGGCAAGAAUCUAGACACAGUAGGUAAGAUGUUGGACGACUAUGAGAGGAAUCUAUUAGAGGUUCAAGCGCAAUUAG